AUGGCAACAAGUGGAAGUGGACCUACUAAUGGAGGAAGUGGAACCCAUGGGCCUGAAGUCACACUUGAAGAAAUGAGGCAAAGGCUAGAUACCUUGCGAAGUGACCUUGUUUUCGAGGAAACGACUGAAAAUGCGAACGGAAAUCAGGUGGAUAUAAUGAGGCUGAUGAUGGAAUUCUUGCAAGGAAACCGACCAAGGGCCAAGACGGAGCAGGAAGAAUGCUCCAAUAUGUUCAAAAGGUUUUCUGCUCACAAGCCGCCUACUUAUGAUGGAAAGCCUGACCCCACCGAGUUUGAGGAAUGGUUGAAUGGCAUGGAGAAACUCUUUGAUGCCACCCAGUGUCCCGACAAGUGGAAAGUUAACUUCGCUGUGUUCUACUUGAAAGGGCAAGCUGAUCUGUGGUGGAAGACUGCUAAAGAGAUGCAGAAUCAACCUGGAUUUGGAUGGGAAGAUUUAAAGGAGGCUAUGAGAAACCAGUUUUACCCUCAGUCUCUGCAACUCCAGAUGGAAUCUGAGUUUAUCCAUCUGAGGCAAAGGGGUAUGUCAGUUCUGGAAUAUGCUGUGAAGUUCAAUGAGUUAGCUCGAUUUGCUCCUGAUCUGGUGUCUACGGAUCGUCAAAGGAUGAAUCGAUUUGAAGGAGGUUUGAACCUGGAUCUUCAAGAAAGGCUUGCUGCAAAUAUGAGUAAGUCUUAG